AGUUUACAUUUUGCAGAGUAUGCCCUGAACCAAAUUUGGCCGUCCUUUGACGGAUGAAAAAAGGAUCUCAAUUUUCUAUAACACUAUCUUUUUUGGAAGUGUAACAAGCACAGCAAAUAUCAUAUGGGCAUAAUCGGCCUAAAAUAUAUGAUAAUCUUUACAAAAUUGAUUUUAUAGGUGAAUAAUAUUCCCUACUGGAAUAUCGUUCAGAUAACUUCAAUGAAUGCUCGAUCUCUUGCUAAAAGGGAAUUUGCAAGAGAGGAAAGUUCAAGUUCAUCUGCAACCGAAGAUGAAGACGAUGGAGAUGUGUUGGGAUUUAAUAAGACUGUGGAGAGUUUACGUCAAAGUAUUGAAUAUCUUUUAAAGGAAGAUGACAUGUUUUCAAGAGGAUAUUAUCGAACAUUAAAAAAUGUGCAAUCUCACACCAGAUACCGACCAGGAGUAGUCAUCGGCCAAGAACUAGUCAAAAAGCUCGUGACCUUCAAGAUCGGUAAUGUCCUAGUUAGAAUACUGAGGAGCACUGAAAGUAUUAAUAUCUUGGAGGAGGAAAAUGCAAUCGCUUUCAAAAUUGUACGGGAGAUUCUCUCGUGUAUAUGGAAUUGUACGCAUAAAUCUCGACAAAUGUGCGAGGAUCUAAUCGGCUCAACGGUGACUUUAACCUUAUGCGAAAAGCUGAAUGUUUUGAUAAAAAAUUUCACAGUUUGCCUCGUUCGGGAGAGCUCUACUCAGAAUGUUGAAGAUAGAACUCAAAAAGUGUAUAAAACGCAAUACCUUUGCAAAGCGUACCUCAGUAUCCUCCAUAACGUUGCAAGGCAAUGUGCGGACAUAGGAAGUUUUAUCAAGAUUGAUUGUCUACGAAAGUUAUCCACGUUGGACCUUCAUAAAUUGAUUAAAGCAAAAGUCUGCAUAUUGCUAGCGUACGUAACCACUGGUAACGAUUGUAAUUAUUUAAUAAUUUCUUCGGACGUUAUAGAAUUUUUAUUGCAAAUAUUGGAGAGAGCUAUUAAGAUGGAGAACUUUUUCGAUCAAGAUACCCAUUUCGAAGCCUACGAGAUUGUAGCUGCUAUCAACCGUUUAGCUAUAAAUGAUGUCAACAAAGAAUUACUUGGAGAAAGUGGAGCUAUCGAACUCUAUUUGGCCAUGCUAAGUGAUGGUGGAGCUGAGAAUCAACGAGUCGCCGCUGCCGGUUUAUGGAUUUUGGCUUUUAAUAGACAAAAUCGUGUCCGCAUGAGAUCAAAUGAUUUAUGUGUGAAAAUGUUAAGAAAAUUGGCUGUUUCUGGCUGCGACGAAGGGAUUCGAAGAUCCGCCCGGGCCGCUGAGUUCGUCUUGCGUUUUGAGGCUCCUGAACCUAUUCGUACUUUUAGUGAAAAUGCUCCGCACGUUAUGUUAAGUUAUAAUCAUUCUACUCAACCAACUAUGUUAAAACUAUAUAAGUUCUUGCAAAAGAAGGGCUUUAAUGUUUGGAUGGACGUGGAUCACAUGCGUGGAUCGACAUUGGACGCUAUGGCUCUUGCCGUAGAAAGAUCAGCAGUAAUCAUUAUUGGCGUAUGUAAACGAUAUCAAGAUAGCGCUAGUUGUAGAACUGAGGGCGAUUAUGCCUAUCAACUUCGCAAAGCGAUAAUUCCAGUUAAUCUCGAAAAGGGCUUUGUCCCUACUGGCUGGCUUGGAUGCCUUUUGGGUACGAAAUUGGCUUACGACUUAUGGGACGAAACUCGUCUCGAAGAACAAAUGAACCGUGUUGUGUUCGAUUUAGGGGAAAGAGGACGUUUGCCACCCCUCGAACAAGCACCACCUGUCCGUAUAUCUACUAUGCGUGAACCAAAUCCGAAUUCUACCGGAUCUGCUAUUGUUGCCGCCCAUUUGGGUGUGCCUCGUGAUGAUUGUACUCGGGUAGCCGAGGAAUGGACGACAGAGCAGACUAGAGCUUGGCUCGAACGUAAUAAUAUUCCGGCUACUGGAUUUUUGGAAAGUUUGGAUGGUAAAUUAUUGGUACAGCUUCGAAAAAUGUAUCAGGCUGCCCCUGAAUGCUUUUAUCGAGCUUUAAAAAGCGACCUAGACUACGAUGUUGUGGCCGCUCUAAGAUUGGCAAACAUGUUGGAUAGCAUAAAUCUAUAA